AUGAGUUGUAGAUGGGGGACGGAGCUGUGGGUAAGUAGAACCGCGAAAGCACGACCGAGUGAUAACGGCGCAAAUAUAUUCGUGAAUGAAACCUGUUUUAACCAUUGCUUUAAUUUGAUGGACAACCUUUGAUCUGUUCCGAUACAAACGACAUGUGGAUGUCAUUGUCUUGCAACAAGGUAGCGAGCUUAAAGCUCCUGCUGCCAUGAUGCUUUUCUGCGCAUGCAUGCAGCCUUUAUUAUCGGAGGUAUGGUGGCGGAUUCUAUACUGGAUCGACUGUUAGGCUACACGGUUGGAUACAGCAUCAGAUUUUACAGUCAUGAAUUAAUAUAGCCUACUUUUGUUUUUAACCUCAAGAUCUAUCCCGCCAUACAGCCUACGUUAGAAGCAAUAGGCUAGUUGUUUUCAAUAUCCUACCCUAUUAGCCUAUUACAAUCACUAAGCCAUUGCAAAUGGGGUCCAUACUGUGCACAUACAGUAAAUGCUACAGCUACAUAGCGACUCUAGUAACGUUUAAUUUGAAACAUUGCCCCAGAGAGCGGUAUUGUAGGCUACGCAUUUGGGAAUGCGUUUCCCCGCGUUGUCUGCCUUAUUUCACCUUAUAGCUGAAAUAGCUAUUAAAGCUAGGACAAUGAAUAACAGGGCCAGCAGGUUGAACGGAUCCUCAUACACCACGUUUUUUCGCUCAUAGAAGGGCCUAUUGCAAAUAUCAGGGAGGGUGACGUCUAAAAUAACGCCUUAAAUAUUUGUAACGUUAUGGAAUUAGUUUUUGUUUGGAAAUGGAAACAAGGCCUAUAGUUGAAGAGGAUUGUUUUUAUUUUAUGCCUACAGGUGUGCACAAAUAGCCUAUGCAUUGCAGAGAUUCAAAAGUAACCACAUAUGUUCAUUUGAGUUCACAGCAUAUACUAUUCCACCGCACCAACUGAAUGUCAAUAGUCUUAUUAUGUUCCCAAUUUGUCUCCUGUAGCUUAUGUUGUGGGCUUACAUACAAUGUACAGUAGUAGCUGUACAGCAGCAGAAUGUAAAGAAGCAGCAGAGUUUGCCAGGUACCUCAACUCCUCCAUGGAGUUGAGCACUGACUAGAGUUUUUGAAAUGAACCUCUUGACUCCUACAAGUCCCUAUGCGUCGAUACUUAACAAAUGUACAUUCUUAAACCCUUUUCAUGUACCUAUGUUUGUCCUCUGUUGUUGCGUGCCUUUCUUUGUUUGCUGAAAUCCAUACUUUUAAAUAAAACGUUAAUAAAAUACCUCAUGGCUGUUGGUCAAAGAUGGCAACUCAGCAGGAAUGUGCAUGUGCCAAUUGAAUCCUAACAAGGAAACAGUAGGUGGUUGUAUUUGAUUAACGUUUUAUUAAAACGUGUGGAUUUCAGCAAACAAAGAAAGGUACGCAACAACAGAAGAAAAACAUAGGUACAUGGUAAUGGUUUAAAAUGUACAUUUUUUAAAGUAUUGAUGCAUAGCGAGUCAGAGGUUAAUUAAAAAAACUGCAGAGUUAGCCUACUGUUGCAACAAAGACCUACUGUUGCAACAAAGACUGUUGUAGACAGUCUAUCCCUCUCAUUUAACGAUAAUAGCUAUUUUCUGUAAAAUGUUCAUGAACAUUGCCUCAUGCCUGCAAAAUAAAUGAAUGUUCUUUAGGAAGAAAAUACACAAAUCAGUGUAACCUGGUCUACUUGGGAAUAUUGCUUUGUUUUGAUAAUUUAUUCUUAUUUUAUUCUCAAUCUCUUUUCUUAUAGGACCAGUUUGACAACUUGGAAAAGCACACCCACUGGGGCAUUGAGUUUGUGGAGAAGUAUACAAAGUUUGUCAAAGAGAGAUCUGAAAUUGAAAUCAGCUAUGCAAAGCAAAUCAGGUAGGGCUGGGAAAACAUUCCCCUCUUCACUUCCCAUUUUGCUAUUGUCUGUCUCUCAUGGCGAAGGCGUUGCAGUAUGAGUAGCCUACAGUACUAAUAAAACAUAUGUUUUGGUAUGUUUUGUUGAUUUCAGUAACUUUGAUAAAUACUACAGAGCCUGCAUCACCAAUGUCAUCCAAGUCAUGCCACGAUCAAGUGCAAUGCAUGUCAUGAGAUGAUGCUCACAAGUGACAAAAUGAUCUCUGGUAUCCACAUUUUCAUAUACAUUUCAGACAUGCAUACACCAAGGCUAGAGGGUCCAGUGGUACAUGUGUCAGCUGUCGCUCUAGUGUAUCACUACACCAUCUUGUUCAGGUGGUUUUUGUAAUUAAAAGAGAAUGCCUUCUCAAUAACCCCGGGUUAAACAAAGGUAAAAAUAAAAUGUUUGAAUUUCAGCCCACUUCAAAGCAAUCUUCUAAAUUCGGAGGUGAAUGUAGCCAGGCCUACCCAAAGGUGGUAGUUUAUGUAGGAAGUAGCAACUAAGUGAGAUAGAUGAAUACAGAUACAUACGGGCCUGUAACUACGUGCAACCGGAAGUGUAAGCCGGGUAGGCAAUGCAUUACCAUGGUUACUAGGGUAUCCACAGCAAUGACCCACAUUUGUUUCCCUCCAAUGGUCUUGGGAGCUUCCCACUGUAUAAUAUGGGAGUACUUGCCAGACAGUGAUAGUCUCUGACAGAGCAGUCCCCGGGGACAGUGGAUGAGUUGCAUCGCUGUCUGCCGUGCACUCACCAAGGAAUACACAGCAGCAAAUUCCUGCAUGCAUAAUCACCCAACAUCAACCUUUUUUCUGGACAUCAUAUCAAGAGGUUUUCUGCCUCAGCAAUAGUGCUGCGGUCAGCUCUGAACUAGAUUAUUCAUUGGGUGUGUUUUGUUCUCCAGCCAGUAUCAUUAAUAGUGGCACCAUUUUAAGUUGCAUAUGAAGUGUUUUGUUAAAUUGUGAUUUUUCAUCACUAACCAUAAUAUAUUUGUUUCUCUACAUAUGUUAGUUCAUACUAUAGUUGAUGUGGUAUAUUGAUUAAGGCAACCUUAGACUAAACACACCAGAAUAUGAAGAGCACGGAUUGGACACUGAAUGGAGGAAUUAAGCCUUCAAAAUUAAGCAAAAAGCCCCAAAAGACAAGCAGGUCCUUAAAAAACCAGAGAAAACAGACAGCUUGUUAGUCAUUUUAUUUUCAAAGUGUUAACAUGAAUCUGGGUGUAUGGGAUUUGCGCCAUGUGCUGUGGUGUCAGGAUCCAGAUUUGUCAUGUGGCUGCAAGUGGACGAAAAGCGGCAAUCUGCCUAGCAACACAUCCGAAUAGAUGGUGUGGCUCAGAGCACAGGGAGUGGAGGCUACCAGUGGAGGCUACCAGUCAGAGGGGGAGAAAUGUAUUCUGGAUUUUUUUACCGCUGUGUCAGUAUGGUAGCCUCUGUUUCUGCUUAUGAUAGUCCACUCAGAGGAUGCAUAAUUACAAAUGUAAUAUUUUUUUUUUUUUUUUUGAACCGUAAGCGUCAUUGUACAGAUAGUAUGAUGAUAUUUCAAGAUUAAUCUUGCGCAUACAGUUGUGAUUUCAUAGUAAGCGUAGGCUCUAACUCCCGUUGGAUUAAUCAUCCUGAGAUUUACAAUAAAGCUAAGGGAUGACUUCCUGACACUGCCCCUCAGAUGCUGCUCUUUCUUGUCCAAUCACUCUGUUGUUUUUAGAGAUGGGUACAUAUGAGGUCCAGAUGCAGAGGUACACAGAGGAUAAUCCGUCAGUCAGCUUGUGCUUUUGACAUCCUGUCACUGGGCGUCCCUUUCCCAUGAGUACACAAACAUACAAUAUUUGUGUUUACAUGUCUCCUUCUGUAUCUCUCCACAGUCCCUGAUUUACAGUGUACUGUAUGUUUUCCACGCCUGUACUGAACGUUGUUCCCAUUCCCUAACAGAAACCUCUCUAAAAAAUAUCAGCCCAAGAAAAACUCAAGAGAGGAAGAAGAAUACAAGUGAGUGAAAUGCAUCAAGGAUUAAUGUUCACGAUAUCAGGUUGACCGUGUACAUGAAUGUGGCUAUUAUUUUUGUGAUGAUUGUACUGUCAUGUUAUUCAUUAGCUGAUUUCCAUCUCCACUCAUUACCGGCUGUUAGUGGGUAAAAAUAGCUGUUUCAGAUUAACAAGGCUGCACUUUCAUGGCUUCCAGCGAAACACUCCAUAUCUGCCCGGAGAACACUGUGUAGCUAAAGCCAAGGUUAUUUCCACAAGGAUUGUCUUUUCGUCAAGGUGUUAUCCUUCAUCAUAUGUGCAAAACAGUUGGACAGUUCCAAGACACAUGAACAGAGUGACCUUUUGAGAGAAAAUUAGAGACGUUUCUUAAGGCAAGGGAGGAAGCCUUUGAAGGAGGUUGUGCCAGAUGAGGGCUUUAUCCAUGUCUUAUUUCCCGUCUUAGUCACGAAAUCACAAAAAUCUAAUUCUAUGUAUGUCCUAUCGUUUAAAGACACUGUCGAAGUGGCCAGUAAAUUAUAUAAUUUCAAUAUUAACGGUUAUAUUCUCUAGUACCUAUUAAUUAUUUCUUAUGGUAAUAAAUAUGACGCAAACAUUCCUCUCAGAUAAUGUAAUGUGCUGACGAUCGUCAGUAACAGUAUUACAUUAAUAUUUCUCAGGAUGCAUAGUAAUAAAGCGGUUGUGAUUAGAGUAAUUAAAUAUGAAAUAAGUGAGUGUUUUUAAACACGUUUUGUGGUCACGUCUCGUCUUGUUACCAGGUACACGUCCUGUCGGGCCUUCCUGAUGACCCUGAAUGAACUGAACGAUUAUGCGGGACAACACGAGGUCAUCGCUGAGAAUCUCACCACUCACAUCAUCUGUGAGCUGACGCGCUACAUCCAGGAGCUGAAAGCAGAGAGGAAAUCGGUAAAACAUCCCCUUUCCUGUGCAUCGCUCACUUAGACGUGAAUUCUACUCUCCCAGAUCAUGCUCAUUGGCAGCUCAACCAUUUUGCGGCUAGACUAUCCAGAGAUUAUUGAUAUCACAUGAUCUGAGCCAAACCAGCCAAUCCCUGGUCAACCAGUGGCGGCUCAAUGCUUCCAAAAAUGUUUUAUUAAAAAAAAAAUUAUCCCCACUCCCAAAAAUCAAAUCAGCAAAUGCAAUUGCUGGAGCAGAUGCAAUUAUGUCAUUGGUGAUUUUCAUUGCUCUGUACCACACAGCCAGGGAUCAAGCGGAGAAUCUGUCAUGAUGUUGCUCAUAAUUGUAUACCGCCACAUCCAAUACAUCCCAGGGAUGGAACUGGGUCAAGUAUCCAGGUCAAUGGAUUGGGAACAGGUUGGCCCUACUCCCCCCACCCAUCCAUAGUAGCCUCCAAUAUGGUGCUACUCAUAAGUGGACCAGGCCUCUGUCUGGAGCUGGUGGCUGGAACUAAUAUAAUGGGGGGAGGGGUGGAAUGUAUAGCAGCUCUUUUCUUCUCCCCCCCACACACAGUUUUGUAAGGCUUUGGUUGUGGCCUUUUGUCUGACAGAAUGUCUUUGACAAUGGCUCAGCUCAGAGCGAGAAUAGUUAAUACUUAUUAGUUUAAUAAAACAUUUUUUUUUCUGGACUGCCAUUUUUGUUGGAUGGUUUUUAUUUUCUAACCUGUAGUAAAGGUAGCUUUGAUCGAUAGCUCACUCCGAUGUAUGCUUUUUCAUUCAUUAAAUUCCCAACCAGAACAUGGUGUAAGUUAAAUGAGGUCCUGCAACCAGGCAUUGAACAUAAGCUUUGUACACCACAUGAACACAAUAACAUUUACUGCUCCAAUAAUUUAAAUUAAACUUACAACAAAAGCAGAAGCGCCUUUGGGUCUUCAUCUGUGAAUGCCCUUUAAAGUUGUUUUAUACGCUGUGAGCAGCAUUGACUCAGUCAAGAAUAUGUGUAAGUGUUGGGGUGAGGUGUGACCCAGGUGCGGUGCAGGAUAUACAGUAGGCAGUAGGCAGAGAUGGUGAAACAAGGAUCUUUACUGGUGAUCCCGAAGCCAAAAUACCAAAGAACGGACUUAUCACAAUAAAAGAAAGGCGUAGCAAAUGUCUCCAAAAACCGUCUGACAGCCAAAAUAUCAAAUACUACCUAAGACUGAAACAAAUAACGAAACAGGGAGAAUACUUCUCAAGUACCUGUACAUAGAUCUCCGAUCAGACACUGAGUAGUACUGCUGGACAUAGAGAAACUAGCAGAGAAAACUGAGGAAGGGAACACAGGGAAGUGAGGGCAUAAAUACACAGGUGAACCGAUAGACACAGGUGACACCAAUAGGAUGAUGAUUAGUCCCGACUGUGAGUGAGGAGGUGCCUAAGGUUGUCGGAGGUUGACACCUAGUGGGUCGCUCCGGAACUGCGACCUCCUCCUGUAACAAAUAUGCACAUCAGCAAGUCACAUAAGUCAGUUUAGUUUUGGCUCAGUAGUUUUGCUUCCAUGCAAAGGCUAAGGAGCAGAUUUUAUGCCUUUUUGUUAGGGAUAUUGUGUGUUUUGUCUAUCUUUUUCAUUAAUCAUAAGGAGUAUCGUAAGAGCUGUCGUAAGAGAUGUAGAAGUCUCUUGACUGAUAGUAAAUUGAUAGUAAAUUGCUCUGCGUUCAAACCAGAAAUGAUUCUACUACUGUUUUAAGUGUUUCAACUUAUUUUAUUAUGUUUUUUUUUUACUCAGCAUUUCCAUGAUGGCCGCAGAGCUCAGCAACACAUUGAGAACUCUUGGAAACAACUAGAAUCCGUAAGUGUCCUCCUGACGAGUAGGUUUGAGUAAUUGAAGAAAUGAACGAUACGCGACUGAACCAUUCCCACUUGACAUGUGAAUUGCCUCUCCUCAGAGUAAACGGAGAUUUGAGAGAGACUGCAAGGAGGCGGACAAAGCCCAGCAGUACUUUGACAAGAUUGAUGCUGACAUCAAUGUGACUAAAGCAGACGUCGAAAAAGUAAGUUAUUGACUGACAAUGGGUAGCAGUGUGUGGGUGCGUGCGUGUGUGUGUGCGGGUGCGUGUGUACAGUGGGGAAAAAAAGUAUUUAGUCAGCCACCAAUUGUGCAAGUUCUCCCACUUAAAAAGAUGAGAGAGGCCUGUAAUUUUCAUAAUAGGUACACGUCAACUAUGACAGACAAAUUGAGAAAAAAAAUCCAGAAAAUCACAUUGUAGGAUUUUUUAUGAAUUUAUUUGCAAAUGAUGGUGGAAAAUAAGUAUUUGGUCACCUACAAACAAGCAAGAUUUAAAGGCUCUCACAGACCUGUAACUUCUUCUUUAAGAGGCUCCUCUGUCCUCCACUCGUUACCUGUAUUAAUGGCACCUGUUUGAACUUGUUAUCAGUAUAAAAGACACCUGUCCACAACCUCAAACAGUCACACUCCAAACUCCACUAUGCCCAAGACCAAAGAGCUGUCAAAGGACACCAGAAACAAAAUUGUAGACCUGCACCAGGCUGGGAAGACUGAAUCUGUAAUAGGUAAGCAGCUUGGUUUGAAGAAAUCAACUGUGGGAGCAAUUAUUAGGAAAUGGAAGACAUACAAGACCACUGAUAAUCUCCCUCGAUCUGGGGCUCCACGCAAGAUCUCACCCCGUGGGGUCAAAAAGAUCACAAGAACGGUGAGCAAAAAUCCCAGAACCACACGGGGGGACCUAGUGAAUGACCCGCAGAGAGCUGGGACCAAAGUAACAGAGCCUACCAUCAGUAACACACUACGCCGCCAGGGACUCAAAUCCUGCAGUGACAGACGUGUCCCCCUGCUUAAGCCAGUACAUGUCUAGGCCCGUCUGAAGUUUGCUAGAGUGCAUUUGGAUGAUCCAGAAGAGGAUUGGGAGAAUGUCAUAUGGUCAGAUGAAACCAAAAUAUAACUUUUUGGUAAAAACUCAACUCGUCAUGUUUGGAGGAAAAAGAAUGCUGAGUUGCAUUCAAAGAACACCAUACCUACUGUGAAGCAUGGGGGUGGAAACAUCAUGCUUUGGGGCUGUUUUUCUGCAAAGGGACCAGGACGACUGAUCCAUGUAAAGGAAAGAAUGAAUGGGGCCAUGUAUCGUGAUAUUUUGAGUGAAAACCUCCUUCCAUCAGCAAGGCCAUUGAAGAUGAAACGUGGCUGGGUCUUUCAGCAUGACAAUGAUCCCAAACACACCGCCCGGGCAACGAAGGAGUGGCUUCGUAAGAAGCAUUUCAAGGUCCUGGAGUGGCCUAGCCAGUCUCCAGAUCUCAACCCCAUAGAAAAUCUUUGGAGGGAGUUGAAUGUCCGUGUUGCCCAGCGACAGCCCCAAAACAUCACUGCUCUAGAGGAGAUCUGCAUGGAGGAAUGGGCCAAAAUACCAGCAACAGUGUGUGAAAACCUUGUGAAGACUUACAGAAAAUGUUUGACCUGUGUCAUUGCCAACAAAGGGUAUAUAACAAAGUAUUGAGAAACUUUUGUUAUUGACCAAAUACUUAUUUUCCACCAUAAUUUGCAAAUAAAUUCAUUAAAAAUCCUACAAUGUGAUCUUCUGAAUUUUUUUUCUUCUUAUUUUGUCUGUCAUAGUUGACAUGUACCUAUGAUGAAAAUCACAGGCCUCUCUCAUCUUUUUAAGUGGGAGAACUUGCACAAUUGGUGGCUGACUAAAUACUUUUUUUCCCCACUGUAUGUGCGUGGGUGGGUGAGUGCGCGCGCCCUGCCUGUGUGUGUGUGUGAAAGUGCAGCUACUCUUAGUCACCACUCACCCACUCAUGAAGCUGUUACCAUGGUUUGUGUGGCUAUAGCUUCACUGUCAAGAGACUGCUGUGGCCCUGUUGGAAGUGAGGUUGGAGCCAAAUAUGAAUCACUGCUGGUAGACAGUGGGACAGUGCUUCAUGGAGCUCCAGCUAUGGGCUUUUCUCAUUGUUCCCUCUAAACGUAAUGCCUCAGAUGGUAACCAAGCUGUGUUACUGUACAAGUGUGCUGCUGAUUCCAAAAAUUGUGCUAUUAUUUCAGUAUUGAUUGCAAAAAACAGUGAUAUUACUUUGACAUGUUUAUCAGGUAUCUGAUCUGUCCAAUGUACUGUAGAAACAAAGCUAACUCAAUGUACAGGAGUGUCAACAUGCAACAUCCCUGAGCUCAGGAAGAUUGAUAUCAACAUUGCCCUAUCUUUCUACAAGUCGUGAAAUAACUUCCCUAUAAUGUUGUUGCUUAGAUAAGUUUGGUAUUUUAGACCUUAGAGUUUGAUGAUUCCUUACCCUGACAGUAGUCUAGAGACUGUAAUCCAAGGUUUAGAGUUUUUUAAACAACCACUACUAAUCCAGCUAAUUUAAGCCACCACGAACCAAAAAUCAAUGGGACAGAUGGUGGCAAAUGUGCAAUGUAAUAAAUAUUUGGCCAAAUCACCUUUAAGUAACUUCAAACCAGGUAAUUUAGUUGAUUUCAGUUCAUUUGGCCAUGAUAUUUUGACAUUGCACAGUUGCCUGUAUCUGUACAAAGAUGCAAAAAGUUUGCAAACCUUCUCAGGUGUUAUUGACUUCACGCAGUGAAAUGUACCACCUACUGUACACAAGUCAAGAAUCUCAUAAAGCUAAUAUGGACUAAAAUAAACAAAAUCAAUUAUCAUUAACCUGUUCAACUCUGAGAGGUUGUUUUGUUGGAGGGGGGUUAGUAAAUACAAAGUGACAUAUAAUUUGAAAGCUACAGCCCUUGACUGUUUGUAAAUCGAACUCAAAUCUUACUGCUGACAAUGUCAUAAGAAUACCCCCCCCCCCCCCCCCCCCCCCCCCCCCCCCCAUAAAGGCCAUAAAUCAUGCGCAAUUGUCAUAUUCAUAAAGUAUGCAUUGUAGGUCAAGUCAUCAAAAGUGCAAACAUGUAGUAUGCAUGGAAAGGGUACACCCUGAAGGUCAUUGUAAAGCAAUGCAUUUCCUUCUCCAUCCACAUGACCUUGUAUGCUUCCUCCACAUGGGCCGUUGAUCUAUCCCACUCAUUUACAAUAGGAAAAGUGAAUGGGAAAAGAAGGUAGAAAUUUCCUCACCUGUCCGUGUCUUAUUUAAAAAACUUGAUAACUUGAAAGCCAUGAUUUCUAGGGUCAUUUUAAGACGUCAGGCUUGAAAGUCCGUUCAGCCAUUCUACCCAAACCAGACGCAACUGGCCAAGAGACGUCUUGUGAUCUCCUAAUGCUAUCUAGUGGAUGAAUUUGGAAUCAGACAGGGAAUAUAUUUACAUCAAUGCAUAGGUAGAGACUUCAGCUUUCUCCUCAUAUGUACAGUGCAUUCGGAAAGUAUUCAGACCCCUUGUAUUUUUCCACAUUUUGUUACGUGACAGCCUUAUUUUAAAAUGGAUUAAAUUGGUUUUUCCCUACACACAAUACCCCAUAAUGACAAAGCAAAAACAGGUUUUUAUAAUAUUUUGCAAAUGUAUUACAAAUAAAAAACAGAAAUCACAUUUACAUACGUUUUCAGACCCUUUACUCAGUACUUUGUUGAAGUACCUUUGGCAUGAUUACAGCCUUGAGUCUUCUUGGAUAUGACACUACAAGCUUGGCACACCUGUAUUUGGGGAGUUUCUUCCAUUCUUCUCUGCAGAUCCUUUCAAACUCUGUCAGGUUGGAUGGGGAGCAUUGCUACACAGCUAUUUUCCGUUCUUUCCAUAGAUUUCAGAUGGGGUUCAAGUCCAGGCUCUGGCUGGGCCACUCAAGGACAUUCAGAGACUUGUCCCAAAGCCACUCCUGCGUUGUCUUGGCUGUGUGCUUAGGGUUGUUGUCCUGUUGGAAGGUGAACCUUCGCCCCAGUCUGAGGUCCAUGCGUCACCGUGGUAAGGGUGCCAGGUUUCCUCCAGACAUGACGCUUGGCAUUCAGGCCAAAGAGUUCAAUCUUGCUUUCAUCAGACCAGAGAAUUUUGUUUCUCAUGGUCUGAGAGUCCUUUAGGUGCCCUUUGGCAAACUCCAAGCGGGCUGUCAUGUGCUUUUUACUGAGGACUGGCUUCUGUCUGGCCACUAUACCAUGAAUGCCUGAUUGGUGGAGUGCUGCAGAGAUGGUUGUCCUUCUGGAAGGUUCUCCCAUCUUCACAGAGGAACUCUGGAGCUCUGUCAGAGUGACCAUUAGGGUUCUUGGUCACCUUCUCCCCUGAUUGCUCAGUUUGGCCGGGCUGUCAGCUCUAGGAAAAGCCUUGGUGGUUCCAAACUUCUUCCAUUUAAGAAUGGAGGCCAUUGUGUUCUUGGGGACCUUCAAUGCUGCAGAAAUGUUUUGGUACCAUUCCCCAGAUCUGUGCCUCGACACAAUCCUGUCUCAGAGCUCUACGGACAAUUCCUUAGACCUGAUGGCUCGGAUUUUGCUCUGACAUGCACUGUCAUCUGUGGGACGUUUAUAUAGACAGGUGUGUGCCUUUCCAAAUCAUGUCCAAUCAAUUGAAUUUCCCACAGGUGGACUCCAAUCAAGUUGUAGAAACAUCUAAAGGAUGAUCAAUGGAAACAGGAUGCACCUGAGCUCAAUUUCGAGUCUCAUAGCAAAGGGUCUGAAUACUUAUGUCAAUGUCAUAUUUCAGUUUUUUAUUUGUAAUAAAUUUGCAAAGAUUUCUAAACCUGUUUUCGCUUUGUCAUUAUGCGGUAUUGUGUGUAGAUUGAUGAGGUACAAAUGGAAUUUUAUCCAUUUUAUAUUUAAAAAAAUAAUAUGCCAUUUAGCAGACGCUUUUAUCCAAAGCGACUUACAGUCAUGCGUGCAUACAUAUUAUUAUUUUUUUUGUGUAUGGGUGGUCCCGGGGAUCGAACCCACUACCUUAGCGUUACAAGCGCCGUGCUCUACCAGCUGAGCUACAGAGGACCACCAUUUUAGAAUAAGGCUGUAACGUAACAAAAUGUGGAAAAAGUCAAGGGGUCUGAUUACUUUCCAAAUGCACUUUAACCACUAUGUUGCUUAUAGUUCAAUACUUUUUGCAGCCUAGUAAUUCAUUCAGUACAUAACUGAUAAUUUUAAAAAACGUUCACAUAAUUAGGACGUCUAAAACCUCUCUGUAGUGCUCUGAAACUAACUCAGUGUUUUUGUUUUCUAACAUGCCUUAAAGCGGUGCUCUCUCAAGGUAGGUUUACGAGGUGUCUAUAUGUCUGUAAGGAUCUGUCUCUAUGUUAAAUGUAUCCCCAUAGACAUACCAUUGCCUGUUUCACUCAGAACAUAAUUUCAAAUUAAGAUCUCCAAAGAUCUUCUAAGGCUUGGAUGGGACACAGUUAUGGAUUGGAAUGGGUAUUUACAGUAAGAAACUGCUGGGGUCUGUUAGUGUGUACAGGAUUUCCAAAUGAUAAUUGAGUGAAGACACAUGUAAACAUAUUCAUAUAUACAGUGCUGUGAAAAAGUAUUUGCCCCCUUUCUGUUUUUUGUCAUCCAAAACCUAAUAUUAGAUCAAGGGAACCUGAGUCAUUAAAUAACACAACAUUUGGAUACUUAUUUCAUUUAUUUAAGUUAUGCAACACCUAAUGCCCCUGUGUGAAAAAGUAAUUGCCCCCUUAUACUCAGUAACUGGUUGUGCUGCAACCAAACGCUUCCUUUAGUUAUUGAUCAGUCUCUCACAUCGCUGUGGACAAAUUUUGACCCAUUCUUCCAUGCAGUACUGCUUUAACUCAGCAACAUUUGUGGUUUUUCCAGCAUGAACUGCUCAUUUCAGGCCCUGUCACAAGAUCUUAAUAAGGUUUUGGUCUGGACUUUGAGUAGGCCAUUCCAAAACAUGAAAUGCUUUUCAGACAUUCUGAUGUAGACUUGCCUGUGUGUUUGGAUCAGUGGGGAAAACCAAACACUGCAUUCCACAGUAAGAGCCUCAUACCAACAGUCAAACAUGGUGGUGGUAGUGUGAUGCUUUGGGGAUGCUUUCCUGCCUCAGGACCUGGAUGACUUGCCAUCAUUGAAGGAACCAUGAAUUCUGCUCAGUAUCAGAGAAUUCUAAAGGAGAAUGUCAUGCCAUCCGUCUGUGAGCUGAAGCUGAAGCGCAGCUGGGUCAUGCAGCAAGACAAUGAUCCAAAACAUACAAGCAAGUCUACAUCAGAAUGGCUGAAAAGCAACACAUUUUAAGUUUUAGAAUGGCGUUGUAGCAGGACCUGAAACAAGCAGUUCAUGAUCGAAAACCCUCAAAUGUCGCUGAGUUAAAGCAGUUCUGCAUGGAAGAGUGGGCCAAAAUUCCUCCAAAGUGAUGUAAGAGACUGAUCAACAACUACAGGAAGCAUUGUACCUAAAGGUGGUUAUUGAGUGUAAGGGAGCAAAAAUAGAGAAAAUUAGAAAUGGGGCAAAUACUUUUUCACGGCACUGUACACAAAUAACAAAUAUAGACACAAAUAAAAUGCAUAAUUGCUUAGAUUGUAAUCUCUUGUGGACAGAUACAGUGAGGGAAAAAAGUAUUUGAUCCCCUGCUGAUUUUGUACGUUUGCCCACUGACAAAGAAAUUAUCAAUCUAUAAUUUUAAUGGUAGGUUUAUUUGAACAGUGAGAGACAGAUUAACAACAACAAAAUCCAGAAAAACGCAUGUCAAAAAUGUUAUAAAUUGAUUUGCAUUUUAAUGAGGGAAAUAAGUAUUUGACCCCCUCUCAAUCAGAAAGAUUUCUGGCUCCCAGGUGUCUUUUAUACAGGUAACGAGCUGAGAUUAGAAGCACACUCUUAAAGGGAGUGCUCCAAAUCUCAGUUUGUUACCUGUAUAAAAGACACCUGUCCACAGAAGCAAUCAAUCAAUCAGAUUCCAAACUCUCCACCAUGGCCAAGACCAAAGAGCUCUCCAAGGAUGUCAGGGACAAGAUUGUAGACCUACACAAGGCUGGAAUGGGUUACAAGACCAUCGCCAAUCAGCUUGGUGAGAAGGUGACAACAGUUGGUGCGAUUAUUCGCAAAUGGAAGAAACACAAAAGAACUGUCAAUCUCCCUCGGCCUGGGGCUCCAUGCAAGAUCUCACCUCGUGGAGUUGCAAUGAUCAUGAGAACGGUGAGGAAUCAGCCCAGAUCUACACAGGAGGAUCUUGUCAAUGAUCUCAAGGCAGCUGGGACCAUAGUCACCAAGAAAACAAUUGGUAACACACUACGCCGUGAAGGACUGAAAUCCUGCAGCGCCCGCAAGGUCCCCCUGCUCAAGAAAGCACAUAUACAGGGCCGUCUGAAGUUUGCCAAUGAACAUCUGAAUUAUUCAGAGGAGAACUGGGUGAAAGUGUUGUGGUCAGAUGAGACCAAAAUCGAGCUCUUUGGCAUCAGCUCAACUCGCCGUGUUUGGAGGAGGAGGAAUGCUGCCUAUGACCCCAAGAAUACCAUCCCCACCGUCAAACAUGGAGGUGGAAACGUUAUGCUUUGGGGGUGUUUUUCUGCUAAGGGGACAGGACAACUUUGCCGCAUCAAAGGGACGAUGGACGGGGCCUUGUACCGUCAAAUCUUGGGUGAGAACCUCCUUCCCUCAGCCAGGGCAUUGAAAAUGGGUUGUGGAUGGGUAUUCCAGCAUGACAAUGACCCAAAACACACGGCCAAGGCAACAAAGGAGUGGCUCAAGAAGAGGCACAUUAAGGUCCUGGAGUGGCCUAGCCAGUCUCCAGACCUUAAUCCCAUAGAAAAUCUGUGGAGGGAGCUGAAGGUUCGAGUUGCCAAAUGUCAGCCUCGAUACCCUGCAAAGAGGAGUGGAACAAAAUCCCUCCUGAGAUGUGUGCAAACUUGGUGGCCAACUACAAGAAUCGUCUGACCUCUGUGAUUGCCAACAAAGGUUUUGCCACCAAGUACUAAGUCAUGUUUUGCAGAGGGGUCAAAUACUUAUUUCCCUCAUUAAAAUGCAAAUCAAUUGAUAACAUUUUUGACAUGCGUUUUUCUGGAUUUUGUUGUUGUUAUUCUGUCUCUCACUGUUCAAAUAAACAUACCAUUAAAAUUAUAGACUGAUCAUGUCUUUGUCAGUGGGCAAACGUACAAAAUCAGCAGGGGAUCAAAUACUUUUUUCCCUCACUGUAUACGUAAAUAUAACUGGUACCCUAGAAUCUGUCUGGAAAGAAUGCGAAAAUGAGCAGCAGUAGUUCCAGUGUUUGUGUUUUUCGCCAAUGGUUAUUUGGACAUAUCACGAUUUCACAGUUGUUAGCAUCUUUCGAAUUUCGGAAGGGGAGGGGACAUUCGGCCCGUAACUUGCAAAGAGAGAGAGUGGAGCUCCUCGUUCUAGCAUCUCUUCAUCUCUUCUCUUAACAUGUAUGGACCCAGAACUUAUUCGAGCAGCUGAUCAAUUACCUGAGAUUCUAGUUCAGGGUUAACCAAGAAUAUUAAGAUUGCAACGUAUACUGUUAGGCAUACAAAAUGUUACCGUUAAGUUUUAUUUGUUUACUUUGAGUCCUGUGGUGUUAUGGAUACAGUCUUCAACUGUCUGCUGAAACAGCAUCUAGAUCUUGUUCUGUCAGUGUACAGUGUGUCUCAGUGCUCAUACUAUGUGUUUGUGGGUUAUGUGCAUGCAAAACUAACCCUUUUGUCUUUUUCUUUUGUUCUUGUUGUUGUUUAUGGUUGAUGUUUCCAUCAUUUUGUCAUUGUAAACAUUCAAUGUGGAUUGAGGUGUUGUAUUACAUGACACUAACCAAUACUCUUGACUUCCCCCAGAAAAUACAAUAAUUAUGUUAUUUUUUUGUUAUAGUUUCGUGAGGAAUCAUCCGGAUGUUGUUAUGCGUGUUAACACAAAAUGUGCCUUGUUAGUGUUCUGUGGAUCUACGCAGGGUUUACAGUCCCACUUGUUGGUGUGUGAACCUUUAACCCAUGUCUGAACCUCCUCUCUGUGUACAGGCCAGACAGCAGGCCCAGUUGAAACACCAAGUGGCAGAGGACAGCAAGAAUGAAUACCUCACCUACCUGCAGAAGUUUAACAAGGAGCAGAAUGAACAUUAUUAUAGCCUUAUACCUCACAUAUUUCAGGUAUUUAACCUCACUCACAGUACUAAUUGAUAGGUUUAUAUACAGUUCCUUCAAAAAGUAUUCACACCCCUUUACUUUUUCCACAUUUUGUUGUGUUACAGCCUGAAUUUAAAAUUGAUUACAUUUAGAUUUUGUGUCACUGAUCUACACACAAUACCCCAUAAUGUCAAAGUAGAAUUUUGUUUCUAGAACAUUUUCGAAAUUCAUAAAGAAAUGUAAUGCUGAAAUGUCUUGAGUCAAUAAGUAUUCAACCCCUUUGUUAUGGCAAGCCUAAAUAAGUUCAGGAGUAAAAUGUGCUUAACAAAUCGCAUAAUAAGUUGCAUGGACUCAUUCCGUGUUCAAUAAUAGUGGUUAACAUGAUUUUUGAAUGACUACCCCAUCUCUGUACCCCACACAUACAAUUAUCUGUAAGGUCCCUCAAUCGAGUAGUGAAAUUCAAGCACAGAUUCAACCACAAAGACCAGGGUGUUUUUUUAAUGCAUCGCAAAGAAGGGCGGCGAUUGGUAGAUCCAAACUCAGUUUUGCCAGAGAGAAAGGAAACUGCUCAGGGAUUUCACCAUGAGGACAAUGGUGAUUUUAAAACAGUUACAGAGUUUAAUGGUUGUGAUAUGAGAACUGAGGAUGGAUCAACAACAUUUUAGUUACUCCACAAUACUAACCUACAUGACAGAGUGAAAAGAAGGAACCCUGUACAGAAUAAAAGUAUUCCAAAACAUGCAUCCUUUUUGCAACAAGGCACUUAAGUAAUACUGCAAAAAAUGUCCCUUUUUGUCCCUCAUACGAAGUGUUAUGUUUGGGCAAAACCAACACAACAAAUCAUUGCCUACCACUCUUCAUAUUUUCAAGCAUGGUGGGGCUGCAUCAUGUUAUGGGUAUGCUUGUCAUCAGCAUGGACUAGGGAGUUUUUUAGGAUAAAAAUAAACUGAAUACAGCUAUAAGCACAGGCAAAAUCGUUGAGGAAAACCUGGUCCAGUCUGCUUUCUAAAAGACACUGGCCAAAUCUAUACUGGAGGUGCAUACCAAGACAACAUUGAAUGAUCCUGAGUGGCCUAGUUACAGUUUUGACAUAAAUUGUCUUAACAUUUUUCCAGUACGUCCAACUGACCUCACAACCGCAGACCACGUGUAUGGCAUUGUGUGGGUGAGCGGUUUGCUGAUGUCAAUGUUGUGAACAGAGUGCCCCAUGGUGGCGGUGGGGUUAUGGUAUGGGCAAGCAUAUACUACGGACAACGAACACAAUUGCAUUUUAUCGAUGGCAAUUUGAAUGCACAGAGAUACCGUGAUGAGGCCCAUUUUGUUAAGGUAUCUGUGACCAACAGAUGUAUAUCUGUAUUCCCAAUCAUGUCGAAUCCAUAGAUUAGGGCCUCAUUUAUUUAUUUAAAUUGACUAAUUUCCUUAUAUGAACUGUAACUCAGUAAAAUCUUUGAAAUUGUUGCAUGUUGCAUUUAGUUUUUUGUUCAGUAUAGUACAAUCCAGGUGUGCAAAGCUCUUAUAGACUUACCCAGAAAGACUCACAGCUGUAAUCGCAGCCAAAGGUGAUUCAAACAUGUAUUGACUCAGGGGUGUGAAUAUGUAAAUGCCAUAAAGUACCAGUCAAAAGUUUGGACACACCUACUCAUUCAAGGGUUUUUAUGUAUUUUUACUAUUUUCUACAUUUUAGAAUAAUAGUGAAGACAUCAACACUAUGAAAUAACACAUAUGGAAUCAUGUAGUAACAAAAAAAGUGUUAAACAAAUAAAAAUAUAUUUUAUAUUUUAGAUUCUUCAAAGUAGCCACCCUUUGCCUUGUUGACAGCUUUGCACACUCUUGGCAUUCUCUCAACCAGCUUCAAGAGGUAGUCACCUGGAAUGCUUUUCCAACAGUCUUGAAGGAGUUCCCACAUAUGCUGAGCACUUGUUGGCUGCUUUUCCUUAACUCUGUGGUCCAACUCAUCCCAAACCAUCUCAAUUUGGUUCAGGUCGGGGGAUUGUGGAGGCCAGGUCAUCUGAUGCAGCACUCCAUCACUCUCCUUCUUGGUCAAAUAGCCCUUACACAGCCUGGAGGUGUGUUUUGGGUCAUUGUCCUGUUGAAAAACAAAUGAUAGUCCCACUAAGCGCAAACCAGAUGGGAUGGCGUAUCGCUGCAGAAUGCUGUGGUAGCCAUGCUGGGGUUAAGUGUGCCUUGAAUUCGAAAUAAAUCACUGACAGUGUCACCAUCACACCUCUUCCUCCAUGCUUCACGGUGGGAACCACACAUGCGGAGAUCAUCCAUUCACCUACUCUGCGUCUCCCAAAGACACGGCUGUUGGAACCAAAAAUCUCAAAUUUGGACUCAUCAGACCAAAGGACAGAUUUCCAUCGGUCUAAUGUCCAUUGCUCGUGUUUCUUGGCCAAAGCAAGUCUCUUCUUCUUAUUGGUGUCCUUUAGUAGUGGUUUCUUUGCAGCAAUUCGACCAUGAAGGCCUGAUUCACGCAGUCUCCUCUGAACAGUUGAUGUUGAGAUGUGUCUGUUACUUGAACUCUGUGAAGCAUUUAUUUGGGCUGCAAUCUGAAGUGCAGUUAAUUGCCGAUUUCUGAGGGUGGUAACACUAAUGAACUUAUCCUCUACAGCAGAGAUAACUCUGGGUCUUCCUUUCCUGUGGCGGUCCUCAUGAGUGCCAGUUUCAUCAUAGCGCUUGAUGUUUUUUGCGACUGCACUUGAAGAAACUUUGAAAGUUCUUGAAAUGUUCCAGAUUGACUGACCUUCAUGUCUUAAAGUCAUGAUGGACUGUCGUUUCUCUUUGCUUAUUUCAGCUUUUCUUGACAUAAUAUGGACUUGGUCUUUUACCAAAUAGGGCUAUCUUCUGAGUACCACCCCUACCUUGUCACAACACAACUGAUUGGCUCAAACGCUUUAAGAAGGAAAGAAAUUCCACAAAUUAAAUUUUAACAAGGCACACCUGUUAAUUGAAAUGCAUUCCAGGUGACUACCUCAUGAAGCUGGUUGAAAGAAUGCCAAGAGUGUGCAAAGCUGUCAUCAAGGCAAAGUGUGGCUACUUCGAAGAAUCUCAACUAUAAAAUAUGUUUUGAUUUGUUUAACACUUUCUUGGUUACUACAUGAAUCCAUAUGUGUUAUUUCAUAGUUUUGAUGUCUUCACUAUUAUUCUACAAUGUAGAAAAUAGUACAAAUAAAGAAAAACCCUGGAAUGAGUUGGUGUGUCCAAACGUUUGACUGGUACUGUAUUUCUGUAUUUCAUUUUUAGGAAAUUUGAAAAAAAUUCUAAAAACAUGUUUGCACUUUGUCAUUAUGGGGUAUUGUGUGUAGAUUGGUGAGAAAAAAAUAUAUUUAAUGCAUUUUGAAAUCAGGCUGUAACACAACAAAAUGUGGAAAAAGUCAAGGGGUAUGAAUACUUUCUGAAUGCACUGUAGUCAUAGCACUUGCAGGCACUCAAAGUGCUUCAGGGAGAAAACUUUAUUCACCAGUACCCACCCUAUUUACAAUAUAACUGAUGUGUGUGUGAUUAGCAACUCAUAAUCCUAUUUGAAGGUACAGUAAUUGUCAGAGUGUUGAGUGUGGAUGUAGUGCAGGAAUCAAGCGCAGGGACAAGGAGGUUCUUCAACGGACUUUAGUAUAUAUAUGUAUCCCAACACGGGAAAUGAGUCGCCAACCCAACCGGGCGGCACGAACAAUUACGCACAACACACAGUGCGGAAAAACAAGAAAAGGCGCACGCAGUGCGAACUCUCGAAAAUACUAAAUAAACGAGAGAGAGAACUACUCGGAGGCAAACUGACAAUAACAAUCACGCAUAACACCUGCCCCAAACAAACCAACUAAAUAAGGAGAAUAAUCAAGACACAAAUAAGGGACAGGUGUUAUGCACAGACAAAACCAAAAGAACAAAAAACAUCGAACGGUGGCAGCUAGUACUCCGGAGACGACGACCGCCGAAGUCCGCCCGAACAAGGAAGAGGAGCAGCCUCGGCCGAAACCGUGACAGUAAUCAAACAAUGUUUUCUUUGUUUCAGAAAAUACAGGAGAUGGAGGAGAAAAGGAUCGAGAAAGUGGCAGAGUCUAUGAAGACUUACGCAGAGGUCAAUCGGAAAGUGUUACCUAUUGUUAGCAAAUGUUUAGAUGGCAUGACCAAUGCAGCAGCAUCCAUCGAGCCAACAAUGGUGAGUAGGCCUAGUGCAUGUGCGUAACAUGGUUCUUGUUAUGUACAGUCAUUUUACAUAGUGACAAACUGUGUUGAACGUGCACAGAAAAACCUGCUAUUCAUUUUUGUGACAUUUGACUGGAAUUCAAUACAAAAGUGUGGAGAGAAUGUGAUUGCGGUCGUCCAUUGUUCUAUUCGCUUAAGCAGUAAAGGGUUAGGAGCCCAUAGGAGGACAUAAAUUAUUCACACCUUUUAUUAAUGGCUGUCCAACUUUAAUGAGAUGUAAUUGUUGCUAGGGAAAGUCGCACACAGGUGUCGUUGGGUGUUUUCACUGAUAGUGACAGCGGACUCACCGAUAGUGACAGUUUUAUCCUAUAACUCGAAGGAAUCAAGAUGUUGGGCAUUCAUUGACAUAUGCCUUACUGAUGUUAAAAAUAAAUGCAGUAGCAUGGACUGUAUAAAGCAUCUUCAGACUAAGAGUGUUGACCUACAAUCAGCUCCCCUGUUCAUUCAUUAUAACUCAGCUAAAACUGAUCAUAGAUCAGCACUCCUACUCUGAGACGCUUUCUGUGGUGGGUUUCAAGAGCCAUGCCUUUGCUAUAAUUGUGUCUUCCUACGCUUGAAAAGGGAGUUUAGGGCAAUUCCACGUCAGUGGGAGCAGAACAUUUUUUGGUAUCUGAAAUAGUUCUGGCAAAGGAAGUUUGACAUGCUUUUUACAUAUGUAUCACAAACCAUUUUGGGGAAAAUCAUGAUGAAAGUGGCAAUUUUAGGCCCUUUUUAGACCUAAACAUGCCUCCUGUAAGACCUUAUGGUCCGUGAACCGUACAUGAUAUAUGCUCUAACAUAUGGAGAGAGCAGCUCGAACAUAUGGAGAGAGCAUGUAUGUCUAGAUUCUGAAAAUACACAUUUUAACAUACAUGUAUUAAACAUAAAAAUAUUAAUAGGAAUAUCUCAAAACUACACAUUUUGAUUUUGCUUAUUUUUAGACAUAUUAUUACUCUUCAAAACAGAUCACAGCCCUCCUUUAGGAUUGCACAUUGAGCAAAUCAACAGCAGAAGGAGUUCCUUUUCAAAUCAAUUUUCCCAUUCACUGUGUUGGUGGUGCUCAUAAAAUUUAUCCUAACUUCAGAAGUAGCAGAGAGCCCACUCUGGAAAUGUGAUGUACUUGUAAAGGAUAUUGUUACAAACAAUAUGUCUUAAAAAAAGGGUAGUUUUUAGAGAUUUAUAUUAGUAUUUUUAAUGUAGAAUAAAUGAAUGUGAACAUUUGUAUUUCAGAACCUAGACAUACAGUGGGGAAAAAAGUAUUUAGUCAGCCACCAAUUGUGCAAGUUCUCCCACUUAAAAAGAUGAGAGAGGCCUGCAAUUUUCAUCAUAGGUACACGUCAACUAUGACAGACAAAUUGAGAAAAACAAAUCCAGAAAAUCACAUUGUAGGAUUUUUAAUGAAUUUAUUUGCAAAUUAUGGUGGAAAAUAAGUAUUUGGUCACCUAUAAACAAGCAAUAUUUCUUGCUCUCACAGACCUGUAACUUCUUCUUUAAGAGGCUCCUCUGUCCUCCACUCGUUACCUGUAUUAAUGGCACCUGUUUGAACUUGUUAUCAGUAUAAAAGACACCUGUCCACAACCUCAAACAGUCACUUUCCAAACUCCACUAUGGCCAAGACCAAAGAGCUGUCAAAGGACACCAGAAACAAAAUUGUAGACCUGCACCAGGCUGGGAAGACUGAAUCUGCAAUAGGUAAGCAGCUUGGUUUGAAGAAAUCAACUGUGGGAGCAAUUAUUAGGAAAUGGAAGACAUACAAGACCACUGAUAAUCUCCCUCGAUCUGGGGCUCCACGCAAGAUCUCACCCCGUGGGGUCAAAAUGAUCACAAGAACGGUGAGCAAAAAUCCCAGAACCACACGGGGGGACCUAGUGAAUGACCUGCAGAGAGCUGGGACCAAAGUAACAAAGCCUACCAUCAGUAACACACUACGCCGCCAGGGACUCAAAUCCUGCAGUGCCAGACAUGUCCCCCUGCUUAAGCCAGUACAUGUCCAGGCCCGUCUGAAGUUUGCUAGAGUGCAUUUGGAUGAUCCAGAAGAGGAUUGGGAGAAUGUCAUAUGGUCAGAUGAAACCAAAAUAUAACUUUUUGGUAAAAACUCAACUCGUCGUGUUUGGAGGACAAAGAAUGCUGAGUUGCAUCCAAAGAACACCAUACCUACUGUGAAGCAUGGGGGUGGAAACAUCAUGCUUUGGGGCUGUUUUUCUGCAAAGGGACCAGGAUGACUGAUCCGUGUAAAGGAAAGAAUGAAUGGGGCCAUGUAUCGUGAGAUUUUGAGUGAAAACCUCCUUCCAUCAGCAAGGGCAUUGAAGAUGAAACGUGGCUGGGUCUUUCAGCAUGACAAUGAUCCCAAACACACCGCCCUGGCAACGAAGGAGUGGCUUCGUAAGAAGCAUUUCAUGGUCCUGGAGUGGCCUAGCCAGUCUCCAGAUCUCAACACCAUAGAACAUCUUUGGAGGGAGUUGAAAGUCUGUGUUGCCCAGCGACAGCCCCAAAACAUCACUGCUCUAGAGGAGAUCUGCAUGGAGGAAUGGGCCAAAAUACCAGCAACAGUGUGUGAAAACCUUGUGAAGACUUACAGAAAACGUUUGACCUGUGUCAUUGCCAACAAAGGGUAUAUAACAAAGUAUUGAGAAACUUUUGUUAUUGACCAAAUACUUAUUUUCCACCAUAAUUUGCAAAUAACUUCAUUAAAAGUCCUACAAUGUGAUUUUCUGAAUUUUUUUUCCUCAUUUUGUCUGUCAUAGUUGACGUGUACCUAUGAUGAAAAUUAAACUAUACUUUUUUUCCCCACUGUACUUGUUAAGAGCACACUAAAAGGAGUAUAAUGACACCAAUAUGUUGUCUGUAUCAUGUACUGUUCACGGACCAUAAGGUCUUACAGGAGGCAUGUUUAGGUCUAAAAAGGGCCUAAAAUGGCCACUUUCAUCAUAAUUUUGGUUUGUGAUGCAAAUGUAAAACGUAUUUCAAAUCUCCUUCCUCCCAAUGAAGUUUCUAUGUGAGAAUUGCCAGAACAAUCUGAGAUACCAAAAAUAUUUCACACUCCCGCUGGCGUGGAAUCACCUUUUUACGUGCCGUUGUUUUGACGUUGGCUUCCGAGAGGAAUACUUGCACUUUAAAGUGCAAAUGAUUUUCUGCUAUUUGGUUCAGUUUGGUGCCUUCAAGCUGAAAUACAUUUGGUGAAUAUUCAUAAUAUUCCAAAUAUUAUAUACGAAUGAAAUCACUUCCCCCAACAGGACACCAAGCAGGUGGUGGAAUCCUACAAGUCUGGCUUCGAACCACCUGGCGACGUAGAAGUUGAGGACUAUAGUCUGUCUAUGAGGCGGACCGUGUCAGAGUCCAGCUAUCUGAACUCGCGGGGGGAGGGCAAGCCCAGCCGCAGCAACAGCAGGGGCAAACUAUGGCCUUUCAUCAAGAGAAACAAGGUAAGGACAACACCUUCAGUCCACAAGACUGCCCUCUACCUACAGUACUGUAAUAGUCAGGGCUGAGUUCGGCAGGGCACCGCGUUGUGGAAGGUUCAGACAGAAAUAUAUGUUGUAGAUAGAACACACGUCUCUCUGACAUGAAGAAUAAGGAAUCCUCUCCGCUCUCUUCAUUACAUUUCUAUCUGAAAUGUUCCACAAUGUGAACUGAAUGGGGCCCAGGUGUCUGCCUAAAUUGGAGAGUGAACAUCUUUGUAAUAUGAAAUAAAUGCUUAUUUGGAAGCACAAUUUAUCUAAAAGCUCAACUCGUGCUGGACCCAGUGUUCUCUCAUCGUCAUACAAUAACAUGCUCAUACUUUGUACAUGCUCUCUUAAUCGCUGCUGUCUUAAGUGUUAGUAACCAGAUUCUUUCUGUCCUUCCAUCGUUUCAUUAUUAUUUUGGAUUUUUUUACAUUUUGGGUGUUCAUUUUCCUAAUUUCUUUAUUGUUUUGUUCCAUACCGCUCCAUGACCCUUACCCGUAGCUCAUGUCUUUGUUAGCUUCCCCACGCCAACCACCCCCUCCCCCCCCUACCUCCCCAUCACCCGGUGCCGUGCCAAACGGCCCCCAGUCUCCCCAGCAGCCCAAGGAGCCCCUCUCCCACCGCCUCAAUGAGUUCAUGACCUCCAAACAUAAAAUGCAAUGUUUAAGGAGUCUGAAGCGCGGGGUAAGUUGAUUUUGUAUGGGCAGAUUGACUCUGUGCUUAAGACAUUGAUAUGGUGACUAUGGCCUACUGAUAGUGGCUCCUACUAUUGCACAUUCCCUUUGAAUGGGAUCCCUCUGGGCCUAUUACAUACAGACAAUCAUUUGGAAAUUGUGUGUAUUCUGGCACUGUGUUCUUUUCCAAUCUACGAUUGGUGUGUGUGUCAUGUUCAUUGUUUAACAUUUGUUCAUACUGUCAGUGGAGAAAAUAUAAUGCUGCCAAUGAUGAACAAACUGUUCAGACUGACAUGGCCCUUCAUUGCGAGUUGUGCUUGUACAGUUUCAUACUUCCGUCUCAAAGUUUUGAACAUAUGUUGACAUUGUGUCUUUUUCGUCCCAUUGUCUCCCCUCACUUGGAAAGCUUUCUCUCAAGCUGGUAAGCACGACUGUUUUCACAACUCUUCAGAUGGUUGAUUACUAUAUUGUUUUGUAGUGCACACGUUACAGGUACAAUCACUAUAGAGGAAUAUUGCUAAAGUGUGUACUUUCAACUGAACACGCUCAUCUCAGAUCUCAUUGUUGCUGAUAACAAUAUGAAGUCAAUAUAAAGACAUUAUAAAAACAUAUAUAAAACAAAAUAAAGUCACUGCUCCAUGGUGUUAGGCUUUUAAUAGGAGUAUGUAUGUCUGGGUGUUUGUUUUUUUGUUUGUUUUCCCAUAGGGUUCUGGCCCUGAAGAUUGUAGUCACCUGCCUCCUGAACAGAGGAGGAAGAAGCUCCAGGCCAAAAUCAAUGACAUCAACAAGGAGCUUCAAAAAGAGAUGGAUCAGAGGUAGAGUAAAUGUGUGAAAGUCAAAUUGUGUAUCUAUAUGAGAAGUUUUAAACUAUCUCUGGUCUAUUUACAAACGGAACAGUUCUUUAGUAUGAAUGCGUGUUCAUUCUGAAUGUGACAUGCUGUCCAUUUUGUAUUGUAGCGAUGCUCUGACUAAAAUGAAGGACGUGUACAUAAAGAACCCACACAUGGGGGACCCCAACAGUGUGGACCCACGAUUAGAGGAGAUCAGGCAAAAUAUUGACAAGUUAGAACUGGAUUCAAGGAAAUAUGAAGUAAGUUGAAAUGUUACACAGGAUUCAUGUCAAUGCUUGUUAGAUAUUUAAUGUUUGCCAGAGUAUGGUCUAGUGGUAGUGCUGCCGACUCCAGGCUCCGGACUAAAAUCUGGGUUUGAAUCCCGUGUCUGACACUUUCACCGCUAUCUUUCCCCUCAUCGAUCGGCCUCUAUCAUUCCCAAUCUCUAUCAAAUAUAUUCCACUCUCCUUUGAAAAAAGAGACAUGUAGCUAGUUCAUGUAUCACCAUGUACAUUUCAGGUAUUGUUGAGUCGAAACCUUUUGAUGUCUGUCCACAGGCCUGGCUGCUAGAGGUGGAGACCAGGUUAGCAGAAAAGUGUGACCCACACAGACGACAAAGUGGAUUGUACGACUCCAAUGCUACUACACCCGUCAACAACAACUGUGCACCUGUCAACCGAGAGAGGUAGAACAAAUGUGCACAUUACUAUAGCUCAGAAUCAGUGGACAAGCUGACAGAAAAACAGAAAAACCACAACCACACCUCGCACUAGCUAUGUACCAUGUGUUUUGACUGAAACUUGUUUGGGGGCUUAUUGUACAUUAUUAUUCUCUAAAUAUAACUAACGAGGACUGUCUAUUGACUCAAUGUAUGCUUUUUAACACAGCUUUAAAUGUAUGGGUUUAUGGAUUUGACACACGUCUCACCAUGGCCAAAUGGGCAACCUUGGAUUAUAUGAUAUUUGGGUUUGUUGGUCUUUAACUGUUUGUCUUUUUUUUGUGGUUAGCCCGGACGGCAGCUACACAGAGGAUCAUAGCACAGAGCAUCACCUCAAAUCUCGGAGCACCGACUUUGAUGAUGACUUUGAUGAAGAGGACCCACUCCCCACUAUCGGAACCUGUAAAUCGCUCUACCCUUUCGAAGGUACGCCAAUGCCCCCUCUGAAAAUACGUGUUGUUGUUAGAUUGGGGUUUGUUGUACUUUUCAGAACAUAUGUCUCACCUGGUUCAAAUAACAGGAAAGGGGCUUCUUCCAUCAUGGACAGUUGGGUUAAAACAUUUCCCUGCAGGUAAAAAUAAAGUGCUGCAAAGAGGAUAUGACUCAUCGAGGCAUAUUCAGAAAUUUCAACUAUGUAUGCCAUUACAUAGUUUAUUGUUAGAUGAUUACAAAUUAACUUGGUGCUUCGCAUCACCCUGCUAGAGAGUUUGUCACAUUAACUAUCUACUGUUGGUGCAGCAUAGGCUUUUUGUGAAUGUAGCAUUUUAACACACUCAACUGAAAAUAACAAUGACUUGACGUUUUUCUUUCCUGUCUCCUCAGGUCAGAACGAAGGCACCAUUUCCAUGGCCGAGGGGGAGCUGCUGUAUGUCAUAGAGGAGGAUAAGGGUGACGGGUGGACGCGGGUGCGUAGGAACGAGGAUGAAGAGGGAUACGUACCCACAUCUUACAUCAAGGUCUUUUUCGACACAAAUGCCAAAGGUGCUAUGACAUACAUAUAAUUGUCAUUUUAUGAGAGGGGCAAUGGGUGGACAAACAUAAACAAUCUCUUGACAUUUUAAACGCCCUGAAGUUUCCGAAAUAUCCAAGAAUCAUUUGUGAGACGGAACUUGCAGAACAACGGACUGUAUUUACAUUUGUACUUGUGCUUUUUACUUUCUACCAUCUCGCACCCGUUCAAACUAAUUUUGGAGAAGUCUUUGUUUGUGUGUAUGAACAGGUGUGGGUGUGUUAAGUUGUCAGAACCAACUCGACACCACUGUCGAUAUCAGCUACACCUUGCUUCUAGCGCUAAUAGUAAUAACCAAUGUCAAUAUCUUGAUUUAUUUGACCAA